AUGCUGCGCUCGCCCAUCGUUCGCCGCUCGCUCUCGCUCUUCAGCGACCCGUUCAACGCCAAGUCGUGGGAAGUUCUGCGCCCGUCGUCGUGGCACCCGCUCGUAUCCCUCGAGCAUUCGCUCCACGAGCUCAAGGGCUUUGGCCGCGACAAGAUCAUGUACGCGGCCCCGCACGUUCCGGGCACGACGGCGUCGGCGAGCGAAGAAAGCGAGUUCUUUAAAGACCUCCCCAACGACACCAGUGACGCGAUCAGCGGUGACGCGCAGCCAUUUGCCAACUACUCGUACAGCAGCGCCGUCAUCGUGGACAAGAAUGGCAAGCGCCUCGCGAGCACUCGCCGCCGCUACGAGGACUCGACCGGCCGCCUGAAGGCCACCCACACCCGCGAGAUUGGCGACAAGCGCGUGCUCACCAAGUGGAACCGCGUGGACCACAAGGACAAGGGCCAGUACGAGACGGUCUGCGACUCGGGCUCGGCCGAUGAGUUUGAGACGCUCUGGGCGACGACCGAAUUUGGAUUUGCGUCCAAGGAGCUCGAAGACGAGGGGCCACCACAGAAAGGGAAGGCGCCGGAGCUCAAGGAAAAGGCGGCGUAA